UCUGCGAGAGUGGGCAGAUCCCACCCACAGCUCUGCCUGCCUAUCAAAACCCGCACCUUGGGGCUAAGGGUAUUUCGCGACUCCGCCCCAGCAUCGCCAUCUGCCAAACUCGGAAGGUGAUCCACCCCCUUCAUUCGCUCGAGCUGAAAAUGGCUGCCCUCACAGGAGUGCUCCGAAGGUUACUGAAACCCUCGAGUGGUUGGACCGGUGCCACCUUAUGGAGGGCAGGCGCGGUUGCCGGAAGGUGUUUAUCAGGAGCCGCAAGUGGACGGAAGUGUGCGGCCGACGCGACGCCGCUGGUCCCUCGAUUCCAUUUCAGUACUAGUGCCUCAAGGUUUGUUCCUGCUGUCACUCAGCAUGCUCCAUAUUUUAAGGGGACAGCUGUGGUGGAUGGAGAUUUCAAAGAACUCAGCUUAGAUGACUUUAAAGGGAAAUACCUGGUUCUUUUCUUCUAUCCUUUGGAUUUCACUUUCGUAUGCCCAACCGAAAUUAUUGCUUUUAGCGACAAAGCAAAUGAAUUCCAUGAUGUGAAUUGUGACGUUCUUGCUGUAUCAGUGGAUUCUCAUUUCUGUCACCUGGCCUGGAUAAAUACGCCACGAAAGAGUGGUGGUUUGGGUCAUAUGAAUAUCCCCCUUCUAUCAGAUUUAACAAAACAGAUCUCCCGAGACUAUGGUGUUCUCAUAGAAGGGUCUGGGCUAGCAUUAAGGGGGCUUUUUAUCAUAGAUCCUAAUGGAAUCAUCAAGCAUUUAAGUGUCAAUGAUCUCCCAGUUGGUCGCAGUGUAGAAGAAACUCUUCGCUUGGUGAAGGCAUUCCAGUAUGUAGAAACACAUGGAGAAGUCUGCCCAGCAAACUGGAUUCCAGACUCUCCCACGAUUAAGCCAAGCCCAGAAGCCUCAAAGGAAUAUUUUGCAAAAGUAAAUAAAUAGAAUGAUGAGCAAUAAGGGAUUAGUGAUUGAAUCUGUUUCCUGAAGCCAGAAUCAAAAAUCCUGUGAGACUAGCCGUGAUUACAAUAAAAACCACAGAAUAUUUUCUACUUUGCUGUGAUGAAUGUCUAAGUGUUCACAGGGUUUUAGCCCUCUUCCACAGGAGAUGAAUGAAUCUAAUCCCAAACUAAUUUAAACAGCACACACUUCCUACUCAUAAUGCUAGAAAAUAAUUCUCAUUUAAAAAACCUUGAUUGCUCGAAAUAAAAAAAAUAUCUGGAUUCUGUGUUCAGUGUGGAAAAUACUGAUGCUAUUUGGUGCAGUAUAUUGAGAUGUCCUAUCUUCAUAAACUUUAAUUCUAAUUUAAUACACACACAUUCAAUAAAGGGUUGUGUAGACACAGGAAUCUUCAUGCCACAUUCCUUCACUCCCUCGGCAAACUAACCAACACAAGAUGCUGCUUUGGGAAUUAUCUGUGGGAACUAAUAAUAAAACAUCUAGUCGUGAUUAUUCAGCAUAACAAAUAGGCUAUUAAAUAUAUUAGAAUACUGAAAUGAAAAAAUGAAGAAUUUAUGCUAUUAUUUUAUGAAUAAAUGCAAGAUGGAGCUGUGAA